AAAUUUCUUAUAAAAAAUGAUGCACUUAAAAAAUUCAAUCCCUUCCUGUAGUAGCGCUACCCAGGAUGAACGACAUGGACGUGAUAGUAGGUCUUUUUAAGAUUAAGGUUAGAGCUUCAUUUUCUAAAAUGAAAAAGAGUUUUAAUAAAUUAUCAGCCUCCCGGGGGAUACGAGAGCGAUCCAUCUACGUGCUUCCGAGUCUACACCUACAUUCUACAGUCGCACUUCCGCCUAUCGUCGGUGCGAGGGAGGCUCGAUCACGGAACGCGACCCACCGGAGAGAGACAACCCGCGGCUUCUGUGACUCAAGAUGAACGCGCGCGCGCGUUGACAUGUCGCCGACAAAGUCGACUUUUAUAAGUCGACUUUUAGUCGACUUAUAAAAGAUGACUUUAAGUCAACUUUCCCUCAGUUUUAAGAGUCUACUAAAAGUCGACUGAAAGUCGACUUUCCGUCACCUUGUGCUGUUAGGGUAAUGGUACUGCCAUAUUUUUGUCAUGUAAGAUCUCGUGAUUCAAAGAUAUGUGUUAGGUCUUUAUCUCAUUAAUGGCACCCGGCACAGAGCCGACACGGUCACGUCGAACCAAGAAUCGAAAACAAAUCCGCAAACAAUAAUAUAACAGUCGAUACAAUAUCAAAUAGCUUACCCUAGAGACCCUCUAAUCAGAGUCUGGCCAACAGAAUGGUCCGCCAUGUUUAGUCAAAUCCAACGAGAGAGAGGGCAGUACGAAUAUCUCACUCUCUCUUUAAGCUGCCCUCAGAUCGAGACAUAACCUAAAAUAUAACCGCACAUCUAUCGCACGAAGUUUAAUAGUUUGAUAACAGUUUGCUGUUUAUUGCAAAAAUGGGUGGAUGUGCAGCACCAUUUUGUAACAACAGCUCGACAAAGGAAUACGUCAUGAGGGUAUUCCCCAGAGAUCCGGUACGUCAAGCUGUCUGGAUAAAAAGUAUGGGUUGUGAAAAUUGGUUGCCAACAAAAAACUCAUAUCUUUGUGAGAUACAUUUCGAACCAGAAAUGUGGGAACAAAGAGCUGACCACAAGGUCAAAUUAAAACCAAAUGCUGUGCCUACAAUAUUUGGUUAUUUUCUAAAGAAAAGAAAUGAAAUGGAUGGUGGCACACAAUCCAAUGAACCUUCGUGCAGUAAAGAAGCUAUUAUUAAUGAAAAUAACGCAGAUGAAAGUAAGACAUUGCAAAAUAAAAUGGACAGUGGUACAGAGUCCAGUUUAAGUAAACCUUCGUGCAAUGACGAAAUUGUAAGUAUUAAUGCUG